AGAUUGUGAUUUUUCCCUUGCACUACAAAAAGUUUGGAACUUGAACAUAAUGUCUGUCUCUGCUCAAGUUAAGCAGCAGUUGCAGAAUCUGGUACCUGCUGGAGGUUCACAUAAAGACCAUGACAAGUAUAAAGCUGUCCUUGAUCUUGUCUUUAGCUCAGCUGAUGUGGAAGAAAUGGUGAAAGCAUUGCAGAUUUUUGUUGAAGCAAUUGUUCGAGAAACGGUAAGCCUAGUCAUUUCACGCCAGCUGCUUACCGAAGUAUCCACUAAGCUGAUCAGUAUGCCAGAUGAAGUGGCUAAGACGGUGGCACAUUUCACACUCGACAAGGUUCAACCGCGCGUGAUUAGCUUUGAGGAGCAAGUGGCCACCAUCAGACAGCACCUGGCCUCUAUCUAUGAGCGCGAGGGCGCCUGGAGAGAGGCUGCUAACACCCUCACAGGCAUCCCUCUGGAGACUGGCCAGAAGCAGUACAGCGCUGACUACAAGCUCGAGACGUACCUGAAAAUUGCCCGCCUCUACCUCGAGGACGACGACGUCGUGCAGGGAGAAGCUUACAUUAACAGAGCCUCAAUAUUACAGGCAGAGUCUAAGAACGACCAGCUGAUGAUCUAUUAUAAAGUUGGCUACGCUCGCGUGCUGGACUACCGGCGCAAAUUCCUAGAGGCAGCGCAGCGCUACAACGAACUCAGCUACCGAGCCAUCGUGCAUCAGGACGAGCGCAUGGAGGCCCUCAAGAAGGCACUCAUAUGCACCGUCCUUGCUGCUGCAGGUCAGCAAAGAUCGCGCAUGUUGGGCACCCUGUACAAAGAUGAGCGAUGUCAGCAGCUGCCGUGCUACAACAUCCUGCAGAAGAUGCAUCUCGACCGCAUCAUCAGAGCGCCCGACCUCACCGAGUUCCAGGCCAUGUUGCAGCCUCACCACCUCGCUACCACCGCUGACGGUUGGACGUUGCUGGAGAGGGCAGUGACCGAGCAUAACAUGAUCGCUGCCAGCAAACUCUACACGAAUAUUCGCUUCGAUGAACUCGGCGCUCUCCUGCAGAUACCGCCCGGCAAAGCUGAGACAAUCGCCAGUAAAAUGAUAACUGAAGGGCGCAUGUCGGGCUACAUUGAUCAGAUCGACUGCAUCUUACAUUUCGAAGGGCGUCAGGUGUUACCCCAGUGGGACAAACAGAUCGAGUCUGUGUGCUAUCAGCUGAACUCCAUCAUAGACCGCAUCACAGCCAAGCAGCCUGAGUGGUGUGCCAAGACCAUAGAAAACCUCAUGGUGCAUUGACCAUUGCGACUUAAUUUGAAUCUUGCAUAGAUUGGCGCUUGUGAGUUUCGAGUCGCCGGAGAAAUCUUAGUUACCUAUCGGCUCUUACAGUGACGGCCUGCAACAGCUUGUGUCAGUCAGGCUGCUAUCAUCUCAGCACUACUUGCAAUACACGAAUCGGGGUAUUAGUCGUUUUCUGUCUAAUAUUCAGAGGUCAUGUAAGAUGCAUAAGUUUAUGCUAUGAAAUAUUACGUUAAAUUGCCCCUGUUAUGUACAACUAGGACAAAUUGCAAGAUAACCUACCAGGUAAUAUUUGUAAUACUGUUAAAUUUGAAAGCCCAAAUAACGGGGCAGUUGCAGUAUAUUUCAUCUCAGUCCUACAAUAAAUGAUGA